AAAGCAGUCGUGAUUUUUUCUUAGCUUAGUUGAGUUACGUGAGUUCAACAUUAAACACGGUAAAAUUGCAAUAACAAGUAAAUACGGUCUUAUUGAAAAAAAAAAACUAAUAAAAAAUAAGUGGAGCAUUUUUAUAUGCAAAGGAAUUUGUGAAGCCUACACACAACCCCAUAAAAUUAGUGUAAUGAAAAGAGAAGGCCUCAUUAAAAGCAAAAAGCAAGUCAUAAAGUAUGAAGAUAAUGGAAUAUUAUUAAAUUAUAUACAGUUUUAUAUUUGUGAAAAUUAUUGAAGGAGGAGCAUAAACUAAAAGUAAUCUCUGGUGGAAAAUACUUUUAAAAACAUAAAAUUUAAAAAAUUAUAAUAUUGGUAAAUUAAGUAUUAAAAUACUUAUGAAUUUAAAUGCAUAAGGAAAUUUUACAUGAAGAAAAAAUCGAUAAAAACAUUCCUUUUUCAAUAUUGAGGUCUCACUUUAUAAGAAAAAAAAAUCUGUUACUGCUUCUCCCAAUAACAAUGUUGAUAAUGUAGAUGAACAUUGUCAUGUACAUUUUAAUUGUGUGUUUCUUUUAGUUCGUUUGUAUGUUAGUUACAGUGUGUUUUGUAUGAACGUGUUAUAAUGGAAUAUAAAUAAAAGUUAUAUAAAAGAAAAAGGUGUAAAAAUAAUAUAAAUACUAAAAAAUCCAUUGUAUGUCUAUUUUGUACUUUAACCGUUAUUUAAUAAGACAAAAAAUAAAAGAAUUUUACAUGUAAAAAACGCAAAUAAGAAACAAAACAAGUGUAAAAAUAAAAAAGGUGAGCUGCAGGGGUAUGCCUGUAUAAUUUAUGGUACUCCAUAUUUUUUACAUGUGUGGUCAAAUCCCUAAAACUUUAUGACCAUAACAACAAAUUAGAAUGAAAAAUAAAACUACAUUCAGCCAUUAACCAACAUUAAUAACUAAAUUCCAUCCCUGCUUUUGUUGUUGGUAUCAUUUACAUGUAAACGUUAAAUAAAUUUGCUGUGUAUCUUGUGUUUCUGUGUUGGUACUUACUCUUCUGGAAGGAAUAAAACCGAACAAAGUAGAAACCAAAGCAAUGGCUAAGGAACCAACAUCAACUCGUUUACCCAUGUCAGGACUUUCACGUAUACCUUUACCUGGUCUAAUACGCCCACCAACAGCUAUUUCUUUGCCUAGAACGUCGCUAUUAAGACCACCAGCAACAUUUGCAAAAACACGACCAAUUUCUUAUUCUGGCUUAAGGCCGCCAAUACAGCAGUCACUCACUAUUAAAAAAAGUAGUUCAGGUGACCGUAUAAACACGUUAAAUAGUACCGUGAAUAUGGUGAGUAAGAAGACUACAACGGUUUUUAAAAAAUUCUUUGCAAAAGCAGAUCCAACUCCAACAAAAAAUGAUGCAACAGUCUCCACAAAAUUGCAAAAUGUAACUACUGUACUCGAUACUCCUCGACCUACGCUUACAAGGUCAGAAACAUUUGUACGUGUUGACAGUCCAGAAAACUUAAUAUCUACACCAAUGCCGGUCACUGGUGGAGCAAAAAGAGGAGCUUUAUGUGAAAGCACUCCAUUAUUAAAUACAAACACCAACCAUUGCCUUUAUAUUACGCAAAGUUUGGACUCAACGUUUAUUCCCAAUUGUGAAGUAAACCAAGCACCAAUGCAACGAAAACACACUUUAGAAAGCACUCGUUUGUCGAAUAUAGGUUUCGGCAAUACUAUGGACAUUGAUUCACCUAAAAAUAAAACACAAGUGGCCAAUGCAGGUUUCGGCAAUACAAUUGAUAUAGAUACGCCGAAAAAUAUAGCAAAGAAAUUUGAUACUAACAAGGGCGAUGAAGAUAUAGAUGAUUGUACACAAACUUUUGAUAUGAUUUCUGAAAAUAAAACGUUCAAUAAAACUCACUCUAUUAAUGAAUUAGAUAGACCAAAUGCCACUCAUAAUAUUAAUGCUACUGAUGUUAUGGGACGCACACUUUGUGUAAUAUCACCGCAAGUUAGCAAAGUAAAUGAAAAUAUCACUAGAACUUUGGAUGAUACACAACUUUUGGAUAAACUUACAAAUGUAAACGUGACACAAACUGUUGACAGUGCCGCCAAUACUAAGUUAACUGAAUAUACUGAUAUCCUUUCACCGGCAACAAAUGCCACAUAUUCUAACCCGGGUUCCAACGAAAAUCUUCUUAUGAUCGAUGAUGUUUCCAUACCUUCAGGAUUUGAAGAAGAUAUUGCCAUGGAUGUUCAAAAACAUUUAGAAAAAUUAAAUCAUCAACAAUUUUUGGAUAUAACUACCGAGAAUCUUGAUGAUACAUUAAAGGCGCUGGCGCCCGAUAAAGCAAACAUGAAACUUCCUUUAAAUUCAACCAUGAAUACCGAGCGUCUUUUGGAUAUAACAGAACAUAUGAGUACUCCUGCUAAGCACAUGCAAUUGAUCAAUUUAACUAAAGAUUAUAUAGAUACACCUAAUAUUAAAAAUACCACCCAGCUGCUCUACAUGACACAAACUUCUACAUCUUGUACUACUACACCAGAUCGAAAUGCUUGCAAUAAAUAUAACAAUCCCAUGUAUCAAUUAACUCCUAUUCCUGUUCAUUUGCAAUCACUGAAAGGGGCUCAAAGUGAUUUGGUAUUACCCAUACGCACCCCAGAUGAAGAUGGCCAUCAAGAAGUCAUGGAUAUUGACACAACGCUAAUAUCGUCUGGAGGAAGGACAGAUGCAUUUUAUCAACAGGCCGAUAUUCCUCAAAUAACAUCUUCUUUGCAAGACGUCAAUAACCCCAACAAGAAAAGCCGUUUUUCUUUCGGUUUGGAUCUAACUGAGUCUACAUUAGAUUGCUCCAUAGAACUGGUUGAUGUAUCUUUGUCAUCCCAAGCUAUUAAUUGUAGUCAAAAUAGUACACAUAAUAUGACUAAUUCCUCUUCGACCCAACAAAUGCAACAACAGUUUCUGAAAAAGCAAAAUUCUUUUGAUUUGGAUGAAAGCUUGGGCAUCUUAACUCCAGAUCAAAUGAAAGAAUUCCUUGACUCUGCUGCCACAAAUAAUACCAACAAUCUCGAUUUACCACUUUUGCUGAAUAAUUCAAAUAAUUUCAACAAUCAUAGUCACAAAUUUGUUUUGCAACAAAUGCGCAUAGACCAAACACCCUCUCCCGAAGAGUUGCCCUUGGAUCCAGUUGAAGUUAAGACCGACAUCAAUGAUAUGGUCUUGCAACAUCAGCAGUUGCAGUUGCAUCAUCAGCAGCAAAAUUUGCAAAGCCAAAUAACAUUUUCCAACGAGGAUCAACAGCAGCAAUGUUUGGAAUCGUUGUCAUUACAUACAGACACCGAGCCCAGUAAAACGGAAACUAUUAACAAGUCCAUCUCGUCCAGUGUUUCGAAAAUUUCUACUAGUUUCAUAACCAGUGUUACUAGUGUCACAAGCCUAGAUACUGGUUAUCAAGGUGAUGGAGAAAUGUCGAGGCCUGCUUCUAGAGGACCAUGUGACCACUCACCCUCAAAUGGCCCUAUACGCAAAGGAGUGUCGCGGCAGCCCAGUUUCAAUCAGCAACAGGGAGUUGGAGGUCAUUUACCGCCCGUCAGACGACAAGAUCCUAUGACGGAUUCGGAUUUUUUUACAGAAUCCGAUGCAGAUGAUGUUUUUCAUCGAGGCGACCGCAGAGCCCAAGUAAUUGACGGACAACUCUAUGGUCCCAUGUUACAACCAGCUGCCUCGGUAUUUAUUUCAGAAGAUCCUCAAAUGGAAGACUCUUGCAUGGAGUCCUCUGGAAUAUUCACAGAUGUUGAAAAUCGUUGUGACGAAGAUUUGGCCCAAAUUCGCCGACAAGAUACUCACGAGACAACUAAUGAUCUAUCACCUGACAAUGAUCUAGAUGGGGAUGAUUCAACUGAAACCGUGAGAUCUAAUCGCGAGAGUACAACCAAACGUUUACAAAACUUUUCUCAAUGCAGCGAAAAGUCUACAGCAACCCCAGGGAGUGUUAUGUCAGCAACACAUACUUCCAGUGCUGUUCACGGUCAAGGCCAUUUAAGCAGUAGCCAAACAUCAUCCACAAUACGAAGUAGUAUGAGUACUGAUCACCUCUCAGCUGAUACUACACUAUCCAAUCGUACCUCAUACUGUAGUGUGGAUGGUAGCAACGUCAAUAUUAAUAGUAUUGGUGUGGAUUUUAAGAGUUUCUGCUCUCUUGAUGAAGCUUUCGAUGGGGAGCAUAACAAAGAUAACAACAAAUACGAUGACGACGUCAACACCGCAUACAGACCAGUUAAACUAACAAAAAGCUCAACGACUUCCACAACUUCGUGGUGUGAGCAACCAUUGCAGAAACAUUUAAUGGCAGUACAAAAACAAACUUCGCCGCGUAAACACUCGUCGUUAACGUCGCUAACAACAGAAAACGGCGUGCACAAUAAAACAAUAACAACAAAACUAAAUAAUACAACAACAUCGCCGUUGUUUGUAACACAAAAUAAAAUUCUAAAAUCUCGCAAACAUUCCGAUCAAGAUUCUUUACGUUCCGAAGCUGUUUCGGUAUCCGGUACAGGUUCGAAAUCUUCACUCAAUGAAAGUGUUAAAUUAUCUCAAACUCCAAUUUCGUUAAGUGGAAAACACUCGCCUCGUUACAAAUGUAAUACACCGAAAAGUGCCAAAGUACGAUCGUCGCCGAGUCAAUCAGGUUCAAAUAAAAAUAAUUCACCUCCGGUAGUGCGUAAAUACCAUCAUUCACCCAAUAAAUGGGAUGCCGUUAUGAAUCAAAUUGCUAGUAAUAAAUCAGUGAUAAGAAAAAAUUAUAAUGACGUUAAAUCAAAAGUGACCACUCGUAUAACAACGACCACUGGUGCGGUUAGUGGUACAAGUACGGGUGGUGGAGGUGCUUCUGGCUCCUCAGCUAGUGUUUCGCCCACACAACGUAGAUCACCUUUAAAUAAUAUAAGCAUAAAUCGUAAUCUAAGUCCUAGUGUUACUAAAGUGUCUAAAAUAAUUAAAUCACCAGAGCCAACAGCAAUAUCAUCAUCAGUAUUGUCAACUCAUCCAGCAACUUUAAAAAGUUCAUCUCCAAAACGUCUACCACAAAAUUCACAUAUUAAUCGUGGUCGUUCCUACAGCAAAGACAGCCAAAAAAGUUCACAAAGUGAUUUGAGUUUGACAAGUGUCAGUGGUGGUGGAGUGGCUGGAUCACCAAAAUUAUUGGCUAAAACUCCUUUGAGUAAGUAUUAAGUAUUAAAAGAAAAU